AGCAAGCAGGUAUAAAAUAUUUUUUUGCGUUUGCCGUCUGGCGCCAUGAAUAGCAAUGUUUGCUUCUGUUAUUGAAUAAUUUUAAUUAUAAUCUUACUAUCAUUUUAUUGUGGAUGAAUGGGAUUUAGAAAGUAAGGAAACUUGAAAUGGCUACUUCAAAAACAACCAACACAUACAAUAGACAAAAUUGGGAAGAUGCUGAAUUUCCAAUAUUAUGUCAAACUUGUUUAGGUGAUAAUCCAUAUAUUCGGAUGACAAAAGAAAAGUAUGGGAAAGAGUGCAAGAUAUGUAUGCGUCCGUUUACAGUAUUUAGAUGGUGUCCUGGUGCAAGGAUGCGAUUUAAAAAAACUGAAGUUUGUCAAACUUGUAGCCGUCUAAAGAAUGUCUGUCAAACAUGUUUACUUGAUCUAGAAUAUGGUUUACCUAUCCAAGUACGCGAUGCAGCACUGAAAAUUAAAGAUGAUUUACCUAGAUCGGAUGUAAAUAAGGAGUACUAUGUGCAAAACAUAGAUAGUGAAAUUGGCAAAAUAGAUCCUACAUCACCAGCAGGAGCUGUUGGUAAAUCUGCAGCAGCCAGUGAUUUAUUGAUGAAACUGGCAAGGACAAGUCCAUAUUAUAAACGAAAUAGACCGCACAUUUGCUCCUUUUGGGUUAAAGGAGAAUGUAAAAGAGGAGAAGAAUGUCCAUAUCGUCACGAAAAGCCUACUGAUCCUGAUGAUCCAUUAGCUGAUCAAAAUAUUAAAGAUCGUUAUUACGGAGUAAACGAUCCCGUUGCUGAUAAACUAAUGCGUAGAGCUGCAGCAAUGCCUAAACUAGAUCCACCAGAAGACAAAUCCAUUACAACUUUAUACAUUGGCAACUUGGGAGACGUUCUGACAGAAAAACAAUUACGUGAUCAUUUCUACCAGUAUGGAGAAAUUCGUUCAAUAACUAUGGUUCCUCGUCAGCAGUGUGCCUUUAUUCAAUACACGCAAAGAAGCGCUGCCGAAGCAGCAGCGGAAAGAACAUUUAACAAGCUGAUAUUAGGAGGAAGAAGACUAACUAUCAAAUGGGGACGUUCACAAGGAAGACAAACUGUUUCUGCAGCAGAAGCAACUAGAGAAAUUUUAGAACCUGUACCGGGUUUACCAGGCGCUUUACCACCGCCACCAGAAAGUAUGGGAAACAAUUUUUUCAAUCUACAAACUACUCCUGGCAUGAUGCCACCAAUGAUGAUUCCACCUCCACCAGUUGCCCCUCAAUUUAUGUUUCCACCUCAAAUGGCAGCUGCCGCUGCUGCUGCAGCAACACCAAUUUUCCCUCCAGGAACUACUCCGAUACAUUAUCCAAGUCAGGAUCCAUCAAGAAUGGGUGCAUCUCAAGGCAUAGGAAAGCCUUGGCCAGAAGAAUAAUAGCAAUGAUAUUUAAAUUUUUAUCGAGCAUAAUUAUAACAAGAAAAAUCUGUAUAAAUAAAUAUAUGUCUUUGACUUUCUUUAAGGUA